UGAAACUAAAGAUUCCCUGGACCUAACCAACCACAUCACUUCACCGGAUUAACCUCCUCAAACCUCCACCGUCUUCCGCCGCAAUUUCUGUCUCCAUGGCCGGGGUUAACCUACAGCUCCGUCACGGGUACUCUACAGCUCAAUUCAUUCCAACUGUUUCUUCUCCUCCUCCUUCUCUUCCUAUUCAGCGAGUUCGGCUCGGGACUUCACCCUCUCGUGUUCUUUUAUGCAAUCUCCGAGCUAAUUCCGCCGCCGCUCCAAUCCUGCGAACUACUCGCCGUUCAGUUACUGUUUCCGCGUCUUCCGUAUCGUCAUCAGUCGAUUCGGAUUCGUUGGUGGAAGAUCGCGAUGACGUGGCGAGGAUCCCGUUACUUGAAGUUAGGGAUUUGAGAGCUGUGAUUGCUGAAUCGAGACAGGAGAUACUAAAAGGUGUCAAUUUGGUUAUCUACGAAGGAGAGAUUCACGCAGUGAUGGGGAAGAACGGUUCAGGGAAGAGCACAUUUUCCAAGGUUCUUGUUGGUCAUCCCGAUUAUGAAGUGACGGGAGGGAGUAUUGUGUUUAAAGGGCAGAAUCUACUUGAUAUGGAACCAGAAGAUAGAUCUCUUGCCGGUCUUUUUAUGAGUUUCCAAUCCCCAGUUGAGAUCCCUGGUGUUAGCAAUAUGGAUUUCUUGAAUAUGGCAUUUAAUGCUCGGAAAAGAAAGCUCGGUCAGCCAGAGCUUGAUCCAAUCCAGUUCUACAGCCACUUAGUAUCAAAACUUGAAGUUGUGAAUAUGAAGACCGAUUUUCUCAACAGAAAUGUCAAUGAAGGAUUUAGUGGUGGUGAAAGGAAACGCAACGAGAUUCUACAGUUAGCGGUUCUUGGAGCUGAGUUGGCUAUACUGGACGAGAUUGAUUCAGGGUUGGAUGUUGAUGCUCUUCAAGAUGUGGCAAAGGCAGUGAACGGGCUUUUGACACCAAAAAACUCUGUUCUGAUGAUAACUCACUAUCAACGCCUACUUGACUACAUCAAACCAACUCUCAUACACAUCAUGGAGAAUGGAAGAAUCAUUAAAACCGGAGACAACUCCUUGGCCAAACUACUGGAAAAGGAAGGCUACAAAGCGAUAUCCGGACCAAACAUUUCUGGAAAUGGUUUCUUACAAACUGUUACGGCUGCAAUGUGGCGGCCACGAAUCGGAGUUGAGCAAGCUUCUUCUUCUUCCCAUAAUGGACAAGUUGCUAAAGAAGCAGCUUCAGAACCAGCACCUGAUCAGGUCCAGAAUAAACCCCCUGAGCCUAUCACAAUGCCAAACCCAAGGACCAAUCCCGAAACCAAACCGAAACCCGAUUUAGAGAUCCAACCUGAAGAAAAGAAGGAGAAAGUUCUUCCUGAAGAAAGCAAGCAGAAAGUUCUUCCUGAAGAAAGAAAGCAGGAAGUUCCUCCUGAAGAAAGCAAGCGGGAAGUUGUUGUGCAGCCGGAGACAGCAAAACCAGAAACAAAGUCUGAAUCCAAGCCAGAGACAACAAAACCGGAAACAACGUCUGAAACCAAGCCGGAACCUCAGAAACCUAAACAUAUGAGGAGAGUGUCCAGUGCAGGGCUUAGAACUGAGUCAGUGUUGCAGAGGAAAACUGAAAACUUUAAGGAGUUCUAUUCAUUGGGAAGGAAACUUGGACAAGGGCAAUUUGGGACGACGUUUUUAUGCCUUGAGAAAGGUACGGGGAACGAGUAUGCGUGCAAGUCGAUUUCCAAGAGGAAGCUUUUGACUGAUGAGGAUGUUGAAGAUGUGAGAAGAGAGAUUCAGAUUAUGCAUCACUUGGCUGGUCAUCCAAAUGUUAUAUCUAUUAAAGGCGCUUAUGAGGAUGUUGUUGCGGUACACCUUGUGAUGGAGUUGUGUUCGGGUGGCGAGCUUUUUGAUAGAAUUAUUCAACGUGGACAUUACACUGAGAGGAAAGCAGCUGAGCUUGCGAGAACCAUUGUUGGGGUUUUAGAGGCUUGUCACUCUCUUGGUGUUAUGCAUCGAGACCUCAAGCCCGAGAAUUUUCUAUUUGUUAGUAAAGAGGAAGAUUCCCUCUUGAAAACGAUCGACUUUGGACUCUCAAUGUUCUUUAAGCCUGAUGAGGUUUUUACAGAUGUGGUUGGUAGUCCGUAUUAUGUAGCUCCAGAAGUUCUUAGAAAGCGUUAUGGUCCUGAAUCAGAUGUGUGGAGUGCUGGUGUGAUUGUUUACAUUUUGCUAAGCGGAGUUCCUCCUUUCUGGGCCGAAACCGAACAAGGUAUUUUCGAGCAGGUCCUUCAUGGAGAUCUUGACUUUUCAUCUGAUCCAUGGCCAAGCAUCUCUGAAAGCGCAAAAGACUUGGUGAGGAAAAUGCUUGUUCGGGACCCCAAGCGAAGACUAACCGCACAUCAAGUGUUAUGUCAUCCAUGGGUACAGAUUGACGGUGUGGCUCCAGAUAAACCUCUGGACUCUGCUGUUCUGAGCCGUAUGAAGCAGUUUUCUGCGAUGAACAAGUUCAAGAAAAUGGCUCUUAGAGUCAUAGCUGAGAGCUUAUCCGAAGAAGAAAUAGCCGGUUUAAAACAGAUGUUCAAGAUGAUUGACGCAGACGAUAGUGGUCAGAUAACUUUUGAAGAGCUGAAAGCAGGACUAAAACGAGUUGGUGCCAAUCUCAAAGAGUCAGAAAUUCUUGAUCUAAUGCAAGCUGCUGAUGUAGACAAUAGCGGAACGAUAGAUUACAAAGAGUUCAUAGCAGCCACACUGCAUUUAAACAAAAUAGAGAGAGAGGACCAUUUGUUCGCCGCCUUCUCCUACUUUGACAAGGACGAGAGCGGCUUCAUCACCCCGGACGAGCUUCAACAAGCUUGCGAGGAGUUUGGUGUUGAAGAUGCCCGCAUAGAAGAAAUGAUGCGCGAUGUUGAUCAAGACAAGGAUGGGCGAAUAGACUACAACGAGUUUGUGGCAAUGAUGCAGAAAGGGAGCAUAAUGGGAGGACCUGUGAAAAUGGGUUUAGAGAAUAGCAUUAGCAUUUCUCUGAAACAUUAGUUUUCAGAUUACAAACCCAAAACCAACAAGAGCUUCGUCUAUUUAUUUUUUUAAUGAAUGAUGAUCAUGAUUGUGUUUUUCUCAACAUUUUGAUGAGAUUUUUGUCGUUAGACUGGUUUAGGUAAUUCUGUUUCUGUACUAUGUACUUUUAUGCAUAUACACAUAGUUUUUGUCUGUAACUUUGGUCAUAAAAGUUUAUCUUUUAA